GCUUUGAGGCAUACAUGCCUUUUGGGCCCAUCUCCUUGUCCAAACAGUAAAAGACAAGGAAGACGAUCAAUCCUUCGCUUAAACCACUCCACUUCUCCCAAUUUCUAUAUAACUCUGCAGCCCAUUUCGCCUCCCACAUCGUUGCCUCUGCCUUGUCUCAACUAUACUGCCAUUGUUCUUGUUCCACCCUGCAUUUGGGUUCUUAGAAAAUGUUUCCUCCUGCAAGGUUUAACAAGAGUAUUGUGCUUGUUUUAAUACUAUUGUCUCUUAUACAUGUUGAGGGGUGCACACGGAGAAACAAGAGGAAAAGCCAUGAUUGUUCUGGGUCGGCGGCGAGAGCACCAGACUAUGGCUACUCCAAUAUUUUCGACGUUCUUGCUUAUGGAGCCAAGGCUGACGGAUUCACUGAUGAUUCAAAGGCAUUUCUAGCAGCAUGGCAAGCUGCCUGCAGAGUGGAAUCAGCAGUAGUGGAAGUACCUGCGGAGUUCCGUUUCCUAGUCAAUCCAAUCGUAUUCAUGGGACCUUGCAAAGAGAACAUCAUCUUUCAGAUUGAUGGAACAAUUGUGGCACCAAUGAAACCUUGGAUGAGAAGCUCUGGUUUAUUAGAUUGGAUACAAUUUAAAAGGGUCCAAGGCGCCACCAUUCAAGGGAACGGCCUUAUCGAUGGACGAGGAAGUGUUUGGUGGGGCUCACCCGACUACCAGCUAACCAGAAAACAUACAAAACCAAUGCCCGCCAUCAAACCCACAGCUUUGAGAUUUUAUGGAAGCUACAAUGUGACUGUCCGGGACAUAACGAUUCAAAACAGUCCGCAAUGCCACCUUAAGUUCGACAGUUGCUCUUCUGUUGAUGUCUCAAAUGUUACAAUCUCGUCGCCCGCAAACAGCCCCAACACAGACGGCAUACAUCUUCAGAAUUCUCAGGACGUGGAAAUACAUCAUUCCACCAUUGGCUGCGGUGACGACUGCGUAUCUAUCCAAACGGGAUGCCGAGAUAUCCGUGCCCACCACAUCAACUGUGGUCCUGGCCAUGGCAUUAGCAUAGGAAGUCUGGGCAAGGACAAAACGAAAGCGUGCGUUUCAAAUGUUACAGUGCACGAUGUUUCCAUUCAAGAUGCCUUAUUCGGCGUCCGCAUUAAAACAUGGCAGGGUGGGUCAGGAUUUGUUCGAGGCGUGUCGUUCGGCAACAUAGAGGUAUGGAACGUGAAAAUUCCCAUCAUGAUCGAUCAGUUCUACUGUGACAAAAGAGUGUGUCGCAACCAGACAUCAGGCGUUGCAAUAUCGAACAUCUCAUUCAUUGAAAUACGAGGAACUUAUGCGUACAAAGCAGUGCACCUGGCCUGCAGUGACACCAUGCCCUGCACAGACAUUGAUUUAUCAGACAUUGAAUUGCAAGCCGUGGCCAGAGUUCAAAACCCAUUUUGCUGGAAUACUUAUGGCCAAUCACAGGCUCCCACUCUGCCUCCUCUUUCUUGCUUGCAGUCCGGAAGGCCCUAUAACAAAGCUCCCCUCCACACUCAAGACAAAUGCUAGCCUCUUCACUCAUCAUCUCAUCUAAUAUAUCAUUCUUGCUUUUCCGAGCUAAUGAUAGUGCUCGGGUAUUUCAUGCGAUGUAUCACUUUUACCUUUAAUAAUAAUUAUAAUAACAAUAAGCCGCAGGAGGCCAGAGAAAAAUUCUGGAUUUCAUCAAGCGGAUUUAUCUGGGAAAUUUCGUGGCAGAAUCGAUAGCGAAGUUAAGGAAAGCGAAUAUUAGAUAUAACACAUUUGUUUUCCGCUUGGGGCACCUUUUACUUUCAUUAAAUCGCUCAAUACAAAGCAUAUUCCUAAUUUUCUAAACGA